CGCGAUGCCUUAAUCCUUUCUUUCCCACCGUGCCCCGCGCGGCGCAGGCGCUGUUACUCGGGGUGAAUCUCGGGAGCUGAAACUACACCUCCCAGGAAGCUGGGCGGUCGAUGGUUUGUUUCCGGCAGCAAAGCCCCAGGAAGGUGGGAUCUAAAGCUGGUGGCCUACGGAGGAAGCUCUUAAUUGGUCAGGAUAUGAGACUGACGGCUGCAUUAACUAAUAGAAAAGAGAUACUGCCGAAGGGGCCCGUCCACAGAAGGGAGCAGGCCACGAUACAAGCAGUACACGACCGAAGGCGGAGGACCCGUCGCCCAUGAAGCUAAUCUUUGAACUGUCUCCGCCCGCCUCCCGCCUUGAUUUGUGAUCCUAGGCCCUUUGGGGCUCGUCUGACCCAGCUAGCCAGAUCCCGGACCCAAACCAUGUUCCCCGUGAAGGUGAAAGUGGAGAAAUCAGCCACCUGACAAUCGCUGUAUCAGGCAGCGAGCGUUGCCUACCACCCUCAUCCCCGCUGGGUCUGUGCUUGAAGUCGCCUUGAGAUUGAAUGAUGGUGGCUCAGGCAGUGCGGUGCGUGAGCUGGAGAUGGCCAAAGCCCGGAACCAACUGGACGCCGUCCUGCAGUGUCUGCUGGAGAAGAGUCACAUGGACAGGGAGCGUCUGGAUGAGGAAGCUGGGAAAACCCCCUCAGACACCCACAAUAAGGACUGCUCCAUUGCAUCCACUGGCAAAAGACACGUAUGUGAUCAAGCUGUUCGAUCGGAGUGUGGACUUGGCCCAGUUCAGUGAGAACACGCCGCUCUACCCGAUCUGCCGUGCCUGGAUGCGAAACAGCCCUUCUGUGCGCGAGCGUGAAUGCUCUCCCAGCUCACCCCUGCCCCCGUUGCCUGAGGAUGAGGAGGGUUCAGAGGUCACCAACAGCAAGAAUCGUGAUGUGUACAAGCUGCCACCACCCACACCACCCGGGCCACCCGGAGAUGCCUGUAGAUCCCGCAUCCCAUCUCCGCUGCAGCCCGAGAUGCAGGGCACCCCUGAUGACGAGCCCUCCGAGCCUGAGCCCUCACCCUCCACACUCAUCUAUCGCAACAUGCAGCGUUGGAAACGCAUCCGCCAGAGGUGGAAGGAGGCCUCUCAUCGGAACCAGCUUCGUUACUCAGAAAGCAUGAAGAUCCUACGGGAGAUGUAUGAGCGACAGUGACUUUCCCAGCUCCCCCCACCCCAGUAAACAUCUCCCAACUCCA